AUGAGCGAUAUCGAGGGGGGAGAUGAAGAUCAAAGCUACACUGACUGCUCGGUCGACGGCGACGACAGCCCCCGCUCUCCGAGCCCGUCGGCCGAAUCUAUGGAUAGUUGUUCUCUCCACUCUAGCGACCACGAAGAAUGUGAUCCCGCCGGCGAGCCCACGCCCGCAGCAAGGCCAGAAUCAGCGCCACCCGUUGCAAUAAGCCUAGUAUCUGACGACGAGGAGCGCGAAGAACACGGUGGUGGAGACGAAGCCCCAAAAGAGCCUCCCGUGGCCGCCCUCUCUCCCAAGAGGGCAUCCCACGCGCCGCGUCCAACAGAUCUCCCGCCCGCAAACCCGCAAAGCUCCAGGAAGAAGACUGCAUCUCAACAGCCGCCACCCGUUGCAAUAAGCGCAGUAGUAUCCGACGAUGACGGUGACGAGCAGCUUCAACCAGGUGAUCGCGGAGAGGAAGCACCACGACAGCUUCCCGUAGCCGCCCUUUCUCCGAAGAGAAAGAGGGCGGCCUAUCACGCACCGCGUCUCACAGAUCUCCCGCCGAAGCUCAAGAGUUCCAGGGAGAAAACCGCACGUCACCACGGUCAACACGUGCUCGCGGCGACAAGGCCGCAACUAGCGCCGCCCGUCACGACCAGCACACCCCACGCUGACGAUCGUGUGGAGGAAACCUUACCACAGCCUCCGAAGAGGGCGGCCACAUCUCAUCACGGUCAACCCAUGCCCGCCGCACGGCUGGAAAUACCGCCACCCGUCACAACGAGCACACCCGACCGUGAGCAGAAGCCAGGGCAUGAUCGUGCCGAGGAAACCCCCCCACAGCAGGUUCCCGUAGCCCCCCUUCCUCCCAAGAGGUCGGCCUACGCGCUGCGCCUCACAGAUCUCCCACCAGAUCUGCAAUGGUUCAUGCAGGAGACCAAGUCUUUUUUCACAAGGCCUCAUGCGCUGGAGAGGCACGGACAGAUGCUCGCCGCGAGCACGUUCGACAAAGCCUUGGAACGCAUCCUGUGUUAUCUUGGAUACGUUCAGCGAAUCCGGCCCGGAGAGUCGCCUUCAGUCCAAGACUUCCAUCGCGGGGAUCUUAUCGAAGGAUACCUAGACUAUCUAAAGGAGGAGAGGAACUUGAGUCCUGCGACCCUAAGCGUGCACGCGAGCAGUCUGCUAUACCCACUGAAGUAUUGCUAUCGGGGAUUGGGGCCCCAAUUCGAAGGUAUCCGCAUUAUCUCCCAGCUCAGAAGAACGGCCACUGUACUUCAGAAGCAGGGGGAUCUGGAGAGGGCGACCGCAGUCGAAGAUCUCAAAGCGCAAAGCAAGUGGCUGGAUUGGGACCAAGUCCUCCUAGCCAGGGAAGCCCAGCGGUGCCGGUUUGAAUUGGCCAAGGGCAGACAGCAACGCGCUCAGGAGGCCCGCGACCUGCUGCUUUUGUCACUGUACACCCACCUCCCGCCCAGCAGGGGCCUAGAAAUCAGGACGCUGGAGUUGGUUUUGGAAAGCCAACUGGAAGAGCCGUUUCAGAAAGCGCACUAUCGUGACAGAAACGUGGCCUUGAUCAAGACAGAUGGCGACGGCAUCGUGCUACACCUCGGAAGGUUCAAAACCUGCAAGCAGAGCGGGCCUGAAACUAUUCCCAUACAGGCAGACAGCCAACUCUGCAGGCUGUUCAUACAGUUUGUAUCAGAAUUCAGAAAGGUGCUUAAUCCGACGCUGUGCAGCAACUACCUGUUUCUGAAUUCCAAGGGUGCACCGUACUCGAGCACGUCGUUCACAACACGUUUACAGAAAAUGUUCGAACUCCUGACCGGAAGCAAGGUGGCCGUAUGCGGACUAAGGUCAUCUUUCGUAACCUGGGCAUAUUCCCAGAGCGGAUGCGACGAUCAGAUGAAAGACAGCCUUGCUGCUUGUCUCCGGCACUCCCGAGAGCAGGCCCAGACCACUUACGACCGACGCACGGCAAACCAGAGGAAGACCCCGGCAUUAGAUCUGGCCAGGCGCAAGGCCGAAGAGGAGCUUGUGGCCGGGCCCAUGACUAGGUCUCUCCAGCUGUCAGAGCCGGAGAUCGACGUGGGCGACUUUGUGGGACUCGUGGCCGAGGGCAGCACCCUACAGAAGCCUUCGAUUUUCCUGGGGCGUGUUCAAGCCUUCCUGCCGGAAGGCCAAGCCCUCCUUCUAUGGUACAGGCACACCGGAGGUUCUAACUAUGCCCCAGACUUGGACGGUGAGCAGUGGGUGGAGUCGAGAGAGUCCCUAGUCGCUGUGAAGGUGGCUGCUGCCAAAGGCAGUCCCUACGCCAUGCGACUGCUGACCAGCGUGCGCGAGAUACACAAGGCAGUCAUGGGCGGGGAGCGGGCAUCCUGA